UAUAGGUUCAAAGUUGGAGGAGAGGUUGUCUUGAUCUAUUUGCCCUUCACAUCUCCCCCAAGCUUCUCUAAAGCCUGUCCAGAGACAUGGAGAUAAGCAACCACAGCAGUGCCACCUCGGGCUUCAUCCUCCUGGGUCUCUCUUCAAACCCACACAUGCAGAGACCCCUCUUUGCCAUCUUCCUCAUCAUGUACCUGGUCACCGUGGUGGGGAAUGUCCUCAUCAUCCUGGCCAUCCACUCUGACUCCAGGCUCCACACCCCCAUGUACUUUUUCCUCAGCAACUUGUCUUUCAUGGAUAUCUGCUUCACAACAGUCAUUGUGCCCAAGAUGCUAGUGAAUUUUCUAUCAACAACAAAAGCCAUCUCCUAUGUGGGCUGCCUGGUCCAGAUGUAUUUCUUCAUGGCCUUAGGAAACACUGACAGCUACCUGCUGGCCUCCAUGGCCAUCGACCGGCUUGUGGCCAUCUGCAAUCCCUUCCGCUAUGAUGUGGUCAUGAGCCCACGGCGUUGCCUCCUCAUGCUCUUGGGCUCCUGCACCAUCUCCCACCUGCACUCCCUGUUCCGUGUCCUGCUCAUGUCCCGCCUCUCCUUCUGUGCCUCCCAUGUCAUUAAGCACUUUUUCUGUGACACCCAGCCUGUGCUGAAGCUGUCCUGCUCUGACACGUCAUCCAGCCAAAUUGUGGUCAUGACUGAGACCCUGGCCGUCAUUGUCACCCCCUUCCUGUGUAUCCUCUUCUCCUACCUGAGAAUCAUCGUCGCUGUGCUCAGAAUCCCCUCUGCAGCUGGAAAGUGGAAAGCUUUCUCUACCUGUGGCUCCCACCUCACUGUAGUGGGCCUAUUCUAUGGGAGUGUUAUCUAUGUCUAUUUUAGGCCCCUGUCCAUGUACUCAGUGGUGAAGGACCGGGUAGCCACAGUUAUGUACACUGUAGUGACUCCCAUGAUGAAUCCUUUCAUUUAUAGCUUGAGGAACAAAGAUAUGAAGAGAGGUUUGAGUAAGUUAAGGAACAAAAUGUACUCUUAA